AGCCUGGAAGUCACUCGGGCCACCGGAGCUGGCGGCGUCUCCAGCGAGCGGCGCGGGGCCGGACGCCGCGGUCGUGGGGCCCGCGGGGCGGGCAGCCGGGACGCUCAGAUGCACAGUUUUUGACAUCGGCUCUCCUGGGACCCUCAAGGAGCACUAGUGUCCAGAACGUACUUAGGCAUGGCAGGGAGGACAACCUUGCUGCUUGCCAGCCCCUGCCCACAUCUGCUGCUUGCUUUGCCCUGCUGAGUCUCUCAGUCUGGAGCCUGAGGGACAGCGCCUGCCUCCUGAGGUUGUCUGGGCUCAACUGUCCACAGCAAUGGUGGAGAACUGGACUCCACAGGCUCACAACCUUCCUGUCAGGUUUCAGGGGCCAGUGUCCUUCAUCCUGGGACUGGCAGCCCUGAACAAUGGCUGAGGGCCAGGAGACCCCAUAGAGUGACACGACAGCUUACGGAGUCCAGUAGCACUCCAGUGCCCAUGGACUAUGACCACUUAUCGGCCCAUUCCCAAUGAUGGUGUGGACCUGGCAGCCAGCUGUGGUGCCAGGGGGGCCGAUGUCCUCCCUGGGCCGCACUCAGGGGACUACACUCCCAUGGGAUUCUGGGCCCAGAACGGCAGCAUGUCCCAGCCUCUUGGUGAGAGCCCAGCAACUGCCACGACUCGCCCCAGCCCCACUACUCCUGCAAUGCCUAAGAUGGGUGUGCGGGCAAGAGUGGCUGACUGGCCACCCAAGCGGGAGGCUCUGAGAGAGCAGAACAACCCAAGCCCCUCACAGGACACAAAUGGCACAAAGGCCACCAAGGUAGCCCAUUCCAUGAGAAGCAUACAAAAUGGACAGCCCCCCUCCAGCACCUUGGCUUCCUCAGGGUCCAAAGCCUUCCACCGACUCUCCAGGAGAAGGUCCAAAGAUGUGGAAUUCCAGGACGGGUGGCCUCGGUCCCCUGGCAGGGCCUUCCUCCCCCUGCGGCACCGCAGCAGCAGUGAGAUCACCCUUAGUGAGUGUGACAUCGAGGACACAGGGGAGCCACGGGGGGCCCGGCACACAGGAGCAUUGCCCCUCUUCCGUGAGUACGGGAGCACCUCCUCCAUCGAUGUGCAGGGUGUGCCAGAGCAGAGCUUCUUUGACAUUCUCAAUGAGUUCCGCAGUGAGCAGCCCGAGGCCCAGGGAUCUCAGAACCUCACCGAGUUCCUCCAGGCAGAUCCUGGACCACACCUCACAGCGGGUGGCUGUGGACCUAAGGGGGACCUCCGCAAUGGGCAGCCCUCAAAGGACAAUCUCCUGCCACUUCAGCCUAUGAAGGAAAAGGAGAAGGUCCGAAAGAAACCCGUGCGGGCCCUGGGCGGUGGGGACACAGUGGACUCAUCUAUCUUCCGGAAGCUGAGGAGCAGUAAACCAGAGGGUGAAGCUGGGCGGUCCCCAGGGGAGGCCGAAGAGGGUCGGAGCCCCCCAGAAGCCAGCAGACCAUGGGUCUGCCAGAAGAGCUUCGCCCAUUUUGACGUGCAGAGCAUGCUGUUUGACCUCAACGAGGCGGCCGCCAACAGGGUGUCCGUGGCCCAGCGGCGGAAUACCACCACAGGUGCCUCGGCCGCCUCGGCCAUGGCAUCCCUCACGGUGUCACGGGCCCAUAACCUGGGGGGGCUGGACCCAGCCUUCACCAGCACGGAGGAUUUGAAUUGCAAGGAGAACCUAGAGCAGGACCUUGGCGAUGACAACAGCAAUGACCUGCUGCUCAGCUGCCCGCACUUCCGCAACGAGAUCGGAGGCGAGUGUGAGCGCAACGUGAGCUUCUCACGGGCUUCCGUGGGCUCCCCGAGUGGUGGUGAGGGCCACCCGGCAGAGCCCACCCUGAGUGCUUACCGCACCAAUGCCAGCAUCUCGGUGCUGGAGGUGCCCAAGGAGCAGCAGAGGACACAGAGCCGGCCCCGGCAGUACAGCAUCGAGCACGUGGACCUGGGGGCCCGCUACUACCAAGACUACUUCGUAGGCAAAGAGCAUGCCAAUUACUUUGGUGUGGAUGAGAAACUAGGGCCAGUGGCUGUGAGCAUCAAGCGGGAGAAGCUGGAAGACCACAAGGACCACGGACCUCAGUACCAGUACAGGAUCAUCUUCCGGACCCGCGAGCUCAUCACCCUGCGGGGCUCCAUCCUGGAAGAUGCCACACCCACAGCCACGAAGCAUGGCACUGGGCGGGGCCUACCCCUGAAGGACGCCCUGGAAUAUGUCAUCCCCGAACUCAAUAUCCACUGCCUGCGGCUGGCUCUCAACACUCCCAAGGUGACGGAGCAGCUGCUGAAGCUUGAUGAGCAAGGGCUCUGCCGGAAACACAAGGUGGGCAUCCUCUACUGCAAGGCUGGCCAGAGCUCUGAGGAGGAGAUGUACAACAACGAGGAGGCGGGCCCGGCCUUUGAGGAGUUCCUGUCCCUCAUUGGCGAGAAGGUCUGCCUGAAGGGCUUUACCAAGUACGCCGCUCAGCUGGAUGUCAAGACUGACUCCACGGGAACCCACUCCCUCUACACGACGUACCAGGACUACGAGGUCAUGUUCCACGUCUCCACCCUGCUCCCUUACACCCCCAACAACAGGCAGCAGCUACUAAGGAAGAGGCACAUUGGAAACGACAUUGUGACCAUCAUCUUCCAGGAGCCUGGAGCACUGCCCUUCACUCCCAAGAAUAUCCGCUCACACUUUCAGCAUGUCUUCAUCAUCGUCCGAGUCCACAACCCCUGCACUGAUAAUGUCUGCUACAGUAUGGCUGUGACCAGAUCCAAAGAUGCUCCUCCUUUUGGUCCCCCCAUCCCCAGUGGAACCACAUUCCGAAAAUCUGAUGUCUUCAGAGACUUCUUGCUGGCCAAGGUGAUUAAUGCUGAGAACGCCGCACACAAGUCUGACAAGUUCCACACCAUGGCCACUAGGACCCGCCAGGAGUACCUCAAGGACCUGGCUGAAAACUGUGUCUCCAACACACCCAUUGACUCUACUGGCAAAUUCAACCUCAUCUCCUUGACCUCCAAGAAGAAGGAGAAGACAAAAGCACGGGCAGGUGCUGAGCAGCACAGUGCAGGGGCCAUUGCCUGGAGGGUGGCGGCUCAGGACUAUGCUCAGGGGGUGGAAAUUGACUGCAUUUUGGGAAUUUCCAAUGAGUUUGUGGUGCUCCUGGACCUACGCACCAAAGAGGUGGUGUUCAACUGCUACUGUGGGGAUGUCAUUGGCUGGACCCCAGACUCCUCAACACUCAAAAUCUUCUAUGGGCGAGGGGACCACAUCUUCCUACGGACCACAGAGGGCUCUGUGGAGGACAUAAGGGAAAUCGUGCAGAGGCUGAAGGUGAUGACCAAUGGCUGGGAGACGGUGGACAUGACCCUGCGGCGGAAUGGGCUCGGACAGCUGGGCUUCCACGUGAAGUACGAUGGGACGGUGGCUGAGGUGGAGGACUACGGGUUUGCCUGGCAGGCUGGCCUCAGGCAAGGCAGCCGGCUAGUGGAGAUCUGCAAGGUGGCCGUGGUCACACUGACUCACGACCAGAUGAUCGACCUACUGCGCACCUCUGUCACUGUGAAGGUGGUCAUCAUCCCACCUUUUGACGACGGCACACCCCGGAGGGGCUGGCCGGAGACCUAUGACAUGAAUACCUCGGAGCCCAAGACCGAGCAAGACAGCAUCACCCCCGGGGGCCGGCCCCCGUACCGCAGCAAUGCUCCCUGGCAGUGGAGCGGGCCCGCGUCCCACAACUCUCUACCAGCCUCCAAGUGGGCUGCUCCCACCACCCCUGGCCAUGCUCAGUCCCUGAGCCGACCCCCUAAGCAGACCCCCAUGGUCCCCUUCCGGGAGUCCCAGCCACUGCACAGCAAGAGGCCUGUCAGCUUCCCAGAAACCCCUUACACAGCAUCACCAGCAGGGGCCGACAGAGUCCCUCCCUACCGACAACCUUCUGGGAGCUUCUCCACCCCCGGCUCGGCCACCUACGCAAGAUACAAGCCAUCCCCAGAAAGGUAUGCAGCCGCUCCGCACCCACUGCUGUCUUUUGAUCCCCACUUCAGCCACGAUGGGACAUCCAGCGGCGACUCCUCCUCAGGCGGCCUGACCAGCCAGGAGAGCACCAUGGAGCGCCAGAAGCCAGAGCCUUUGUGGCAUGUGCCUGCCCAGGCCAGGUUCUCAGCCAUGACCGGAAGCAGCGGGAGCAAGCACGCCUCCAGGCAGGAUGCAGCAGGCAAAGAUUCCCCCAACAGGCAUUCCAAGGGAGAACCUCAAUACUCGAGUCAUUCCAGCAGCAAUACCCUCUCCAGCAAUGCAUCCAGUAGCCACAGUGAUGAUCGCUGGUUCGACCCCCUGGACCCCCUGGAGCCGGAGCAAGACCCCCUCUCAAAGGGCGGUUCCAGUGACAGCGGCAUUGACACCACCCUCUACACUUCCAGUCCCACCUGCAUACCCCUGGCCAAGGCACCUAGGCCCACCAAGCUUCACAAGCCACCAGGAAAUAUGGGCCUCUGUGGUGGGGGGCGCGAGGCCGCUGGGAGGUCCCACCAUACAGACAGGCGGCGGGAGGUAUCACCCGCCCCUGUGGUUGCUGGCCAGGGCAAGAACUAUCGACCGAAACUGUACUCCUCAGGCUCCAGCACCCCUACAGGCCUGGCCGGGGGCAGCCGGGACCCACCGAGGCAGCCCAGUGACAUGGGCUCGAGGGCUGGCUACCCUGCUCAGGUUUACAAGACUGCCAGCACAGAGACUCCUCGGCCCUCACAGCUAACCCAGUCCAGCCCCUUCCAGCUCUCUGCCUCCGUCCCCAAGUCCUUCUUCUCCAAGCAGACUGUGCGCAAUAAGCAUCCAACAGGGUGGAAGAGGACAGAUGAGCCCCCGCCACGGCCACUGCCCUUCACUGACCCAAAGAAGCAGGUGGACACCAACACGAAAAACGUCUUUGGGCAGCCACGGUUGAGAGCAUCCCUCCGAGACCUGCGGUCCCCACGGAAGAACUACAAGUCCACCAUUGAGGACGACCUGAAGAAACUCAUCAUCAUGGACAACCUGGGGCCAGAGCAGGAGAGAGACAUAGGACAGUCACCGCAGAAGAGCCUGCAGCGGACACUAUCAGAUGAGAGCCUGUGCAGUGGGCGUCGGGAGCCCAGCUUUGCCAGCCCCACUGGUCUGGAGCCGGGCCUGCCCAGUGAUGUGCUCUUCAGCAGCACCUGCACCUUCCCCUCCAGCACGCUGCCCGCCCGCCGCCAGCACCAGCACCCCCACCCACCCGGCGGCGGCCCCAGCACUGGCCCCGCCACCGGCCCCGCCACCAGCAACAGCUUCCCAGAGAAGAAAUCUACCAUCUCAGCCUCAGAGCUCGCGCUGGCUGAUGGGCGGGACCGGCCAUUGCGGCGCCUCGACCCUGGGAUGAUGCCACUGCCCGAUGCGGCGGCUGGCCUCGAGUGGUCCAGCCUGGUAAAUGCAGCCAGGGCAUACGAAGUGCAAAGAGCCGUCUCGCUCUUCUCUCUAAACGACCCAGCCCUGAGCCCGGACAUUCCACCUGCACACAGUCCUGUCCACAGCCACCUGAGCCUGGAGAGGGGGCCCCCGACCCCCAGGACCACCCCUACCAUGAGCGAGGAGCCACCCCUGGAUCUGACAGGCAAAGUGUACCAGUUAGAGGUGAUGCUGAAACAGCUGCACACGGACCUCCAGAAGGAAAAGCAGGACAAGGUGGUGCUGCAGUCAGAGGUGGCCAGCCUGCGGCAGAACAACCAGCGGCUGCAGGAGGAGUCGCAGGCCGCCAGCGAGCAGCUGCGCAAGUUUGCUGAGAUCUUCUGCAGGGAGAAGAAGGAACUCUGAGCGGGGAGGUCACCGCACCUGCCAUCCCUCAGCCCCAGCCCCUCGCUCCUUCCUUGCAGGCAGGCUGUGGGCUGCUGCUCUCUGUCCCUCUGCUCGGCUCUUGGUUGCAGGUGUGACCAAGAUAAUUGAGCCAGUGCCCUGGCACCAACUGCCCCGCAGCCUUCCCCGUGGACUCAGAAGCCCAGGGAUGGGAGUGGGACCUGAGGGAGCCCUCACCAGAGCUGAGCCAGAGUCUGUUCACGGUCCUCAAGCCCCAGAGGCCAACAUGGUCUCAGGCCUCCCUCCAAGCCACCCAUCUGUGGUGUCUGUGAGCUGAGCCAUGCCCACACUGCCCCUGGGGUCCCCUGCUGUCCCCAUCUGGCCAUCAGAAGCUGUAGGAAGGGGAAGAAGGAGUCAGUCUCUAAACCUCACAGCAACAGGAUUCACAAACCAGGUUUCUUCACCACAUUCAACAACAACGUGGCUUUCAGGGCCAAUCCCCCUGCAUGAAAAAUACAGUGUGAAACCAGCCCUUUCUUCCCCCACGCCCCAGGGAGGUGAGGGCUCCCAGGUCCUUAGCGUGCUAGCUCCAAAAAAUACCAACAUCAUCCCCUCUCAUCCCCCUCUUUCCACAAAGCAGUCAGGAGCACUUUCUUAAGAGUUUAAAUUAUUUUCUUAGGGGCCCCAGGAUAGAGAGAGUAAAUCCCAGCAUCCAGAGUCAACUUCUUUGAGAGAGAAACUCUAUUUCUACAAUCAGGACAGUUUAUACAAUCUUUUUCUAUCAGUUCCUCUCUCAUCAGAGGCCACAGCACCUGGGCCUGGGGCCCACAGGCCCUUCCUCCUGACCUGGCCCGGCCCCAGCGGUAGAGCUGCCACAGCAGCCCCUCCCCCGCCCCCUUCCCCAGCACGACCUAGCCCUGACCAGCAGCUCCAGAGCCCUCAGGACAGGGCUGGAGAGAAACAGCCUUCAUCUCCUCAUCUGGUUUUCUUUUCCUUUGCAAGUCUCCCAGCCCAUCUUGCAGGUCCCCAGCGGUGGCGACACCCUCACUGUGCUCCCUGGGGAGCACAUCGCCGUGCGAACCCCAAGAGACACUGGUUCUCUAAAGGCAAUAAGGGGCAGCUCGCCAGGCAGUCAAGCUGGUGUGGUACUAUGCUGUUCACCCAGGAAACAGUUUUUUUUUCCUUCUUUAAAAACAAAAUAUAUAUAUAUAUAUUUAUUUUUUCAUGUAGAGUUGCGCCAGAACAAGUCUGUAUGGCCACAGUCUGUGGAAUCCCCCAUCCUCAAGCUGAGGAUUGAGACGUGUCCCAUGGGCCGGGGUC